AUGCGCAAGCUAGAGUGGCGACUGAAUGCAGAAUUAGAAGCAAAAACAGAAAAACUGAUGCGUCAGGCUGAAGAAGUAAUGAAAGGCCAGCAGGAGAUACUAUCUAGACCAGUUUCAGCACAGACUAAGGCAUAUGAAGAUGACAGACAGAGAGAUCCACUCUGUCCUGGAGUUUCAUCUCUUACACACUUACAUGACAAGCUGGCAAACAAGAAGAAAUGUGCUUCCGUGCCCAUGGCUCAGAACAGACCAUCCUCUGGAAGCAAGGGGAAAAGACCAACUUCAAGUUCAAAAGUAAGAAACCAGGAAGAACAAAGUGCUGAUGAUGUUGCAGUACUGGAGGACUAUCUAGAUUUCUCUUUAACAAAACCAGUAAACAAAAUUGAAGAAGAAGUAGAGAGAGGAGGCUUACCAGAUUGUCCAGAUGAUGAUAUUCUUCCAAGCUUUGGAGAUGAAAUCGGAGCAGAAGUUCAAGUCAGGCUUCUUAAGGCAAAGUCACGUGUUGUGCAGGAAGAGCUGGAUCGUGUAGUGUGUGAAUGCAGGAAGAUGGAUGAUGAAAAUCAGAAGUUGAAAUCUCAGCUUAAAGAUGCUGAACAAGAAAACGCCAGACUGCAACGAACCAUCAGUGUGCAACAUUCUCAGCUUGAGAAGUACAAAAUGUUGUCACAAGAAGCAAGCAAAAGAUGUGAAGGGUUACAGCAAGAGGUCAUUGCACUAGAAAAGGAACUAGAGCAUCUCAAGCGGGUACAAAAACAGGCCUCGGCUGGGCAGAGCGCGACGGAAGUUCGCUUAAACAGAGCCCUGGAAGAAGCAGAAAGGUACAAAGUGGAGCUGAAUAAACUGAAGCAAAGUAACAAGGAUGUAGCUAACCAAGAACUCCAAAUGAUCGAAGAAUUAAAAGCAGAAAACAAGAAACUGCAGAAACAAAAAGGCGAGCUAAUAACUGGUUUCAAAAAGCAGUUAAAGUUAAUUGAUAUUUUAAAGAGACAAAAGAUGCACAUUGAAGCUGCCAAGAUUCUUUCUUUUACUGAAGAGGAAUUCAUGAAAGCCCUUGAGUGGGGAAACAAUUGA